CCACACUGGGGCUGGAAUCUCAUAUUCUUUGUUCCACAUGGUUAGGAGAUGUGAAGGAUGACGAAGAGAUCGAUAGCCGGCUCUUCCUGUCUCUUCUCGCGAGAGAGCCGUCUUUUGCUGCGGGUCUCGCUGACAAGCUGGAGAAACCACGGAUGGAUGAGGAGAUGUCGAAAGAGUUAGAGCACUAUAAAGGACAGGAUUUGAAGUUCUGCAAGGAUUGAACCUCGCUUCGAUGACCAAGGAGAAACUCGAUUGGAUGGAGCUGCGGCAAGAACUCUCUGACAUCAUCGAGACAAACAGCCACAUACAGUCCAAGGUGAAGGAGAAGGAGGAAGAAGAGGUUCGAAUCAAGUACGUCAUUCGCCCGCACGCAAAGCUCUACGAGACCAAAGUCUCUCCUCCGGCCAGCACCAGACCUCCCUCGUUUGUCAAUGGCAAGAGGGUCAAGAUCUUUGAGGGCUGGGAACGGAGGGGACAGACAGCUUACAAGCAAACUGCAUCUAGCACAGACGAGGACGAGGACGAGGACGAUGAAAAAACUCAUAAGCUUGAUAUCAAAAGCCGCGUGUGGGUCGCUUGCAAAGACACUGUGGGAGCCGACGGCGACAACGCGGAGGCGCAGCAAGCUUUUCAAAGCAUUCAUCAAUUUACCCAAGCAGGCGCAGGGAUGCUCCAAGCAGCUCUGCGACCCGGCGACUGGUACCUGAGUACUUCACUUGGCCCAGGUCUUCGCUUUCGAUUGGACGGCGACACGUGAGAGGAGGGUUUGAUUCGAUUUAACCUGGUAAAGUUUCAAAGAACUUUG